UGCUAAAUGCUAAGAAAGAAAAUUUAAAUAAAAGCAAAUUUCAGAUAGCCGAGUGGCACUGUUCACAUCUGGAGAGUGGGAAAAGGAAAGGGAAAAAGUACGAGCGAGCGGUGGCCCGCCUUAAUCACUUCACUGCGAUUUCCUCAGUUUCAUCGUCGAGGACUGAAAGGAAGAGAAAACAAUUAUAUUCUAUUCAAAUUCGAAAUUAGUUUUAGCUCAAUUGGCAUGUGCAGUUGUUAACUGAUUGAUUCUCUGUCGGUGGCAGCGUUUUUCUAGCAACAUGCCCCGUAAAAUAAAAACGGGGGUUGAUUACGAUGAAAAUUAUGAUGAUUAUGAAGAGUUCGAUGAUUAUGAGUAUGAAUAUGAUGUGGAGGACCAUGGGAAAGCACCUGAGCCUAGGCAAGGAAUUGAUACGGCUAGGCAGUGGCGCUGCUCUAUUUGCACCUAUGAUAAUGAAGAAUAUAUGUCUGUUUGUGACAUUUGUGGGGUAAUUCGUAAUCCGACCUCUGGCAAUCUCAAUAAGAGAACAGCUGAGAGUGAGUGCAAAGACUGUGGAGUAUCUAUAAUGGCCAAGUCUCUUUUUGCAUCAUUGCCACAUCGGACACCUCGCAAGUCUGUAGUAGCUCAGCUGCAGAAUGACGAUCCUGUGACAAAAGGGGCACCGGGGAACAGUAGCUUUCUCGACUAUGAGAAUUUCCAAGGAAACUUUCAUGAAUUCCAAAAGGCUUUUAGUUCUCAUAGCCACUCCCACAAAAAAAUAGUUCCUUUCGAGUUUGAUGUUCCAUCUCCAGACGAUUUGGUUUCUAGUGGAUUGCAUUCCUCAAAAAGGGGUUCAAGAGCCGAUUCUCUGAACUUCAAACCUCCAAAAGCUUCUUCAGGCACAACUGAGAAUGGUGCAACUAAUGCACAAUCCACUGUGCAAAAGGUAGAUGAUUCUUUUCCUUUGGUGCCUAAAGGCAAACGAUGUAUUGGGGAUGAGAUUGUAGAUGCAAAGAAUGAAGUGGCCACUAAACAGUUAGGUUCGGAUAGCUUGUUUUCAAGUAUGCCAAAACCUGGAGUCAGGAGCAAGUUCCCAAAGGAUAGUACACCCAGCAUUCAAUUAAGUGACGAAAUGUCAGUGAGCUCAUCUGCAUUGAUGACGAAAGGCAAGAACAGAAGUGUGAAUGAUAGCAGCUCGUCUUCAAUGACCAGGGACGAGAUGUAUAGGCUCAGUGAUAAUGUGAACAGGAUGAAUGUGUCUUAUAAAUCCAGUAGUAGUGUUAUUGCUAAAAACACUAAAUCUAAUGCACAGUAUCAACCUGAUGAAUGGAUGCUUCCCGACAAAGCAGAUGAUACGAUGACUCAACUGAAUCUUGCAAUUGUUGGCCAUGUGGAUUCAGGAAAAUCAACACUCUCUGGGAGAUUGCUACAUCUUUUAGGACGAAUAACCCAAAAAGAAAUGCACAAAUAUGAAAAAGAAUCUAAAUUACAGGGGAAGGGGUCUUUUGCCUUUGCUUGGGCUCUAGAUGAGAGUCCUGAAGAAAGGGAAAGGGGAAUAACUAUGACAGUGGCUGUUGCUUAUUUUGAUUCAAAAAAAUUUCAUGUUGUUGUGCUUGAUUCCCCAGGCCACAAGGAUUUUGUCCCAAACAUGAUAUCUGGGGCAACACAAGCUGAUGCUGCAAUUCUUGUUAUAGAUGCCUGUAUAGGUGCUUUUGAAGCUGGCAUGGACAGUAAGAAGGGCCAAACAAGAGAGCAUACCCAACUUGUUAGAAGUUUUGGGGUGGACCAAAUUAUAGUUGCUAUUAACAAAAUGGACUCCGUGGGAUAUUCCAAAGAUAGGUUUGAUUUAAUUAAAACACAACUGGGAACAUUUCUCCGUUCUGUAGGCUUUAAGGAUUCCUCAGUAACAUGGGUUCCAUUGAGUGUCAUGGAAAAUCAAAAUUUAGUAUCAGCCCCUUCUAAUGUUGUUUUGUCAUCCUGGUAUCAUGGGCCUUGUCUGUUGGAUGCAAUUGAUUCUUUUCCACCACCCACAAGAGAUUACUCAAAACCUCUACUAAUGCCCAUAUGUGAUGUUAUCAAGUUGCCUUCAAUGGGACAGGUGUCAGCCAGUGGUAAAAUAGAGGCUGGAGCACUUCGGACAGGAUCAAAGGUUUUGGUUAUGCCAUCAGGAGAUGUAGGAACAGUGCGUAGCAUAGAGCGUGACUCACGGCCCUGUUCUGUUGCAAGAGCAGGGGACAACGUUUCUGUGAGUCUAGGGGGUAUUGAUGGGAGCAAUGUGAUAGCUGGAGGUGCUAUUUGCCACCCUGACUUCCCGGUUGCUGUUGCGAAAUGUUUGGAGUUGAAGGUGCUGGUGCUAGAUUUUGCAACCCCAAUUUUGAUCGGGUCUCAACUGGAGUUUCAUUUAUACCACACAAAAGAGGCAGCAAGAGUAACGAGGAUAAUAUCAUUACUUGAUCCAAAAACAGGCAAGGUGAUAAAGAAAGCACCACGAUGUCUGACUCCAAAGCAACACGCAGUGAUUGAGGUGGAUUUGCAUGCUCCGAUUUGCGUCUUAGAGUUUUCAAAUUGCAAAGCUAUUGGAAGAGUGUCUCUGAGAGUGUUAGGAAGAACUAUCGCCUUAGGUGUUGUAACCAAGGUAAUGGAAGAGGUGGAGUAAUUAUAUCUAAUGCUAGUUUUGCAGGAAAUAAUAACAUGAGGUUAUAUAUUUAUGCAAUGAUGGCCAACUUAUUCAACUCUGUAAAAUUAUUCAUUUUGUAUAAUUAGUUUAUUCUUUCUGUCAA